UCAAAUAAGACUCGAAAGUAGCACGGAACUCUUCAACGUCAAAUGGUAUCAAAAAAAAGUAUGAGCGCACCAGUUUUGCCAUCCCUGACAUAGAAAAAAUCACAGAAUUAUCCACGGAAAACACACAAAAACUGAUGGAAAAACAUAUUGUUAUUUAAGAAAAGAGACAAAAAAUUAAAUAAAUAUUAUUAAAUAUUAGAAAAACAAAUGUGGAAAAUUCUGCAAAUAACUAAAAUAAAAUUAGUUAAAGUGUAAAAACAAUUACAUACAAGGAAAAAAGUGGUGACUUUUUUAGUGGUGCAUUAUGGCGGUUAAGGUACAAUUUCAAAUUGGCCAUACUUCAAAGUUACGCAGCAAGAAAACAGUUGAAGGUUUUACCCACGACUGGGAGUUAUAUGUUAAGGGUGUUCAGCAGGCCGAUAUAAGUGCAUUUGUGGAAAAAAUUAUCUUUAAUUUACAUGAAUCAUUUCAAAAACCUAAAAGAGUCUGCAGCAAACCUCCCUAUGUCAUACAGGAGUCGGGUUAUGCUGGCUUUAUUGUCUUUAUAGAUAUACAUUUUCGCAAUCGGGACGAACCCAAGAAGGUGCAAUUUAAUUAUGAUCUAGAUUUACAACAAACGGGGCCUCCCCAACAUCGUCAUGAUGUUAAAACGUUUAUAUUCGACAAUCCCUCAGAGGAAUAUCGUCAAAAACUUCUAAAGGGUGGUGGUGUGCCAGUAUCGGGUGUGGUGGGGGGACCAGCACCCUCGCUUAAUAACAAUGUGCCUGCCUUACCACCGUCCACUUCGUUAAAUCAUUCUCCGGGAGAUGGUCAUAAGACACAAAUGUCAGAGGGUAAAAAACACAAGUCAAGACCAGAUGAUACGCGAUCAAAUUCGUUUGCUAAUCUCUUUGGACCACCGAUUACUAAAACUACAACAGUAGCAGGUACAGCACCUAGCAAACAUUCGCCUGAUAGUAAAAUAUCUCCGGGUCAUGUAUCGGGGGCACAUCAAUCUUCUUCAGGAUCAACUUUACCUGUUACAAAAGAAAAAUCUUCUAAAGAUAAAGAGAAAUCCUCGGAAAAGUCUAAAGAACGUUCGGAAAAGAAGGAAAAACAUCACAAGCAAUCUGUCAAUAGUCCCCACAAAGAGGGUAGAAGUGAAUCGAAAAAAUCGGACAACAGUAAACAUGAGAAACGAGAUAAAACUGAGGAAAAGUCUAAGAAAGAUAAAAAUCGCGAUAAGGAUCGUGAUAGGGACCGUGACAAGUCUUCGGCAGUCAAUGCUAACAGCAAUAGCAAAAGACCCUCAAGUCCUAAAACUGCAAGAGAACACAGCCCGCAUAAAUCAAUACCCAGCAACACGUCAACAGUUGCAACAAAUGCGAAUAACACAAAUUCUGUGCCGCGGCCAUCUUCAAGUAAUAGUGGCAAACUAGAAGAAAUUAAAACCUCUUCAAAAUCAUCUAAAGAUUCCACCGGAGAGGGGAAAUCGAAAGAAACAAAACAGAGAGAAUCAUCUUCAUCCUCCAGUGGUAAAAAAUCUAAAAAAGAGAAAAGAGACAAAGACAAGGAGCGUGAUAAAGAAAAACGCCAUGAAGAAAGGGAGAAACAAAAACUAGCUGAAAGUCAACAAAGAGCGGCUGUCAAGGAAGAAAGCAAUAAAGCCAACAACACAAUUAAUCCCUCUAACAAUAAUUCCUCUAACACAAAUAAUUUAGACAACAAAAACUCCAAAACUCCUAUAAAUCCCAUAAGCACAAACGCUCCAAAUCAGGCAAAUGAUGCAAACAAGAAACCAGAAAAGUUAGCCAAACAAGACUUGUUUAAAACAGGCGAUAACAAACCAGUUGCUCUAAGCAAUAAUGCAAACAAUUCUCUUGCUCCACCAACCUCUCAUACAGCUCAACACACCGCAUCGGAGAAAAAAUCCUCUUCAUUAAAUUCCAAUACAAAUGUCCCCGAAAAAGAUAAACGUUCGCACAAACACAAAAAGAAGGAAAAGAACAAGGACAAAGAUAAGGAUCGUGAAAGGGAUAAGGAACGUGACAAGGAUAAAGACAAAGAGAGAGAUAAAGACAAAGAUAAGGAUAAAGAAAAGGAAAAAGAAAAAGAAAAAGAGGCCAAAAAGGAAAAAGAGGCUAAAGAAAAACACAGUGAGGAAAAAUCCUCAGAAACUUACAAUACCAACCAACAAAGCUCCAAUGCUACAAAAGCUUUACCCCCAGCAGCAGCUCCAGCAGUUAAUAUAACAGAAGAGUCCUCGAAUACUAACUCUACAACUGUAACAAAUUCCUCCUUAUCAAUCAAUAAUACAGCACCCUACAAUAGCACCGCCAUAAACUCUUCUUCCUCCUCGACCUCUUCUACAAAAUCUUCAAAAAAUAAAGAGAAGAAAUCCAAAGAUAAAUCCAAGGAAGAAAAACACAAACACAAAUCAAAUGAUCAGGAUGCCAGUGAAUCUAAAGCAAAACAGGCUAAACUAGCAGCUAACAAUAGUACUGUUCACACCGGUUCUGCUGCUUCUCUAUCAACCUCCUCCUCUUCUUCAAGUGUCUCGGCGACAAUGACAAAUGCAACAACAAAUCCCCCGGCAGCUGCUAUGACAACGGAAGCCAGCCUUAAAACAGCAACAGACAAAAAUUUGAAUUUAGAUUUAAGCGAUACCGACAGUUUACCGGCUGCCACUAUGGAGGGGGUAACACCGUCGCCUAAUGAAUCUGCAACAACAAAGACAGCAUUACAAUCUUCGCCCAUUAUCACACAUUCGGACAGCUCUAAUUCAAGUUUUCCCGACUUACCGCUACCCAAACAACAGAAGCCAGCCCCAGCACAGGAGCAGCGGACAAAAACCUUUGCAGCUCCUCCUACAGUAGCAACGCCGGCGGCUCCCUUACAUUCACCAGUCUCAAAAGAACCCCCGAAAAUCGUUAAGCCGGCUGCCAAAGAAAAGCCCUUGGACAAACCUCCCAAAGAAGAAGAAAAGGAAAAGAAAAGACGUCGCAACUCACAGGCUGUAAAUACGUUUAUUGAACCUCCACUCAAGCAAUUAAAAACUAAAGAACAAACAAAACCCAUAAGAGAAAAAUCCCGAUCUCCAUCAUUACGCAACAGUGGCUCAAGAGCCAGUAUAUCAGCAGAGGCUUCUACCACAUUCUUACAACCGAGUGCUUCACCCUCGAGUACAGCGGCUGCAGCACCACUGCCACCACCCUCGUCAGCACCUUCGGCAGCUCAUUCACCCGCCUUAAGUGCCACCGAGGCUGUGGGUAAUGCUACUAGUGCUACUGCUAAUGCCGCCACCUGCAAUAGUAAUUCGACACCGUCAUCGACGACAAAUUCCUCAGGUUUGGCACCACCUCAUCAACUGCCUCUCGACUAUUUGAGUGAAUUACAAGAGUUGCAUCAUAAAAUUAUGACUCUACAGGAUAAUGAAGAUCUUCAGCAUGUGGUUGAACUAAUAGCGGCCACCGGCUGCUAUGAAAUUACAACAAAAACAUUUGAUUUUGAUUUGUGUAAAUUGGAUCGUGGCACUGUUCAGCGAUUGCAAGAGUUUUUUGCUACCUCAGUUUCGUGACAUAGAAUACAUGUGUAAGAAAGAAGAUGACAAUGAUGAUGAUUAUGUUGGUUAAAAUAAAUUUGUUUGAAGAAAUUCCAUUACAAUGUUUCUUUACAAAGGCUCUUUGGAAUAAACCUACAUACAAAACAUAUUUAUGCCUACAUUUAAGAAAACAAACUUAAAGUAAAAAAGGUAUUUUUUAACAACUUUAGAAAACAACAUUUUGUUGCACAAAAUUAAUUAAAACAAAAUAUAUAAAAAAAUAAAUUAACCAACAAUUGAACAAUGGAAAACAAUGAGUGCUUAAGUAUAAAAAUAAUUAUAAUGAAAUUAAUUUAUUAGUACUUUUUUUACAAAUAAAUAUCUUGACACACCCCAUAUGAUAAAAUAUUUAACAAACAACACACCAACCAAUUUAUUAUAUAU